GAGUGGCAUGUCGGCGGAGCAACCGCCAGGGCUUCUGCUAUGAAGGUGGGCCAAUGAAUCGGGCAGCUAUUUGCACUUAGCCGGAGAAGACUGCCGCGCUUUGCCUUUACCUCGACAGCGGAGGGCAUGAAGGCGUGAGGGCUGCCCAUUUAGCAAAGGGGCUGCGUGCGAGCAGACACUAAAGUUCAAGCCAUGAAGAAAACUUUAAUAGUGGAGCCUGUCAUUUGCAUGUACAUGUUUGCCUAUUCCUUGUACUUUCCUUUGGGGCAGCAGUAUGUGUAUCGUAGAAUCUGGGAAGAAACGGUCAACUCCAGCUUCAGAGAUGAUGACAAUGUUUCACAUUGUGAACUAAACCAAAGUGAUCCAAUUUUCUUGAAGCAAAAGGAAGUCCAAGAAAAAGCCUCCCUCUUUGCCAUGAAAAUGGACUUAAGCGGUGCUAUUCUCAACAUUUUGGUGGCCUUUGUUCUUGUAGCAAAUGGAGAUUGCUGCGGACGCAAAAUCUCACUAAUUCUUCCUCUGGUGGGGAAUCUUGUUAGCAGCAUCUUCCUCAGUGCCAUGUCCUAUUACUCUCUCCCGCUCCCUCUUCUGUAUGCUUUGGCCUUUUCAACAGGGUUCUUUGGGGGCAUGGCGACCUUUCUUGGAGGUGCCUUUGCCUUUGUGGUUGAUCUCUGUGAGAAUCACAAACAGAAAACCAUCCGGAUAGCAGUGGUGGACUUGAUCUUUGGAUUAGUAUCGGGGUUGGGAGGACUGUCCUCAGGGUUCAUUUUGAAAGGAAUAGGCUUUACUUGGACAUUUGCGACUAUUUCACUGAUUGACAUGGUUAACAUUUUCUACGUCAUGUGUUUUUUGGAUGAUACAGUACGGAUAUCUGAAGGCCAGCAACAGUCUCUGAUGGAAGGACUUAAAAAAACCUUUUCUCAAGUGCAUGCGCUUUUUAAAUCGUCGUCUUUUAGAAAGAGAACUUCAAUCAUCUUGUUGCUGUGCACAUUUAUGGCUUAUUUGUUCACAGUGUUUGGUGGGAUGUCUCUGUUUACUCUUUAUGAACUGAAUGACCCCCUCUGCUGGAACGAAAUCUACAUAGGAUAUGGAUCUGCAGCAUCCACUUCUGUCUCUUUGACCAGUUUCUUAGGAAUAGUUGUCCUCUCUCAAAGGCUGAGAGACAUCUACCUGGUUUUCAUUGGGAUUUUCUCUUACCUUGGAGGAAUUCUCAUGGCUGCCUUUGCCAACACGACAUUGCUCAUGCUUUUAGCUCGAGUGCCAUCUCUGCUACAUUUUAUGCCUAUUCCAGUGCUUCGAUCCAUGCUCUCAAAGGUGGUUCUUCCUAAUGAGCAAGGUGCUCUGUUUGCUUGCAUUGCCUGUUUAGAGGUUGUGACCGGUACCAUUUCGUUAACGGCUUUUAAUAGCAUCUAUGCAGUGACUGUAGCCUGGUUUCCGGGCUUCAGUUUCCUCUUAUCUGCUGCUCUCUGUAUAAUUCCCUUGAGCACUCUGAGCUGGCUGAUGUGUGCCACUCAGCAUCAACAGGAGUAUGUGGCGCUCGUACAUGAAGAAGACCCUGUUGGGGAGGAGACUGACAGCUGAAAGGAGAUUUUCCGUAACUGCCUCUAAUCUGCUUUAGCCACAGUGGGUCAACCAGUUGAUUGUGUUGUCACAGCUGUACUGGGAUAGGUUGUCUCCAUGGCUAGAGCUCCUCAAGGACUGAAAAUUUGUUGUUGCACUAGAUCAUGACCCAUAGGAUGCUGUGGAAAGGGGCGAAAGGCUGAGUCACAUAGCAGGUUUAGUUUGCUGUCAAAAGGGCAACUGGCAGUUACCAAGGGCUGGAGUCAAGUCCUUCUUACCUUAGAGUGGCAGUACAUAGGAUGAAGCUGUUAAUGUUGCAAUGCUUAUAUACUUAGUGAUGAAAAAAUGGUGAUUUGGCAGAGAGAAAGGGACAAAUCUACAGAAAUUGGGAAAGAAACUUCCUGACUUUGUUCCAUAAAAUGUCUGGUGUUCUGAGCCUGCCAGGUCCAGGUUGGGAAAUUCCUGGAGAUUUGGAGGGUAGAGCCUGGAGAAGGCAGGGUUUGGGGACGGGCCUCAGAAUGGUAUAGUGCCAUAGAGCCCACCCUCCAAAGCAGGUGUUUUCUCCAGGGGGACUGAUCUCCGUCACCUGGAGAUCAGUUGAAAUUUCAGGAGAUCUUCAGUCACCACCUGGAGGCUGGCAACCCUAUCUGGGCCCCCUCCCACGGGAGGGUAGUCUUCAUGUUCAGAGUUAGGUUAAUGAAUCCUUUAUGCUGUCAAUGCAAAUUAAGGAUUUUUUUAAAAAAGGGAAAUUGUGGUUUUGUGUUAACAAAGGUUUUUGUGUUCCGUUAUUUGAAAAGAAUUUUAAAAUGUGUAUUCAUUUGAAAGGAUUUCAAUUCUAAAAUAAGGGUUGAUUUUCACAAUAAUUUUAAUCUGCUGAUGUCCAUACAAGUUGGCCUUAUGUCCAGUCACAGUGAAUCAGACAUGAGUGGUGGGAGACAAACUGAGGUGAGUAGGUGUACCCGGUUUCAUCCUACUAUUUGCUUAAUCUGUUGGUUUGUGAUCUGGGUCCAUGUUGAACCCAUCCACAAGAACAGCUCAGCAGGCACGAAUCCACUUGAAGAUGAUUUUUUUAAUAACUUAAUAUCAUGUUAAAUAUAUUCUGAAAAGGUGCUGCGCAUUUGGACACAGUUAGAUUUAUAACGUUAACUGUAGCUUUUUAAUGGGAAACACUUUUUAGAUUUAUUAUCAACCUGUGUUUACUUCAUCUUUCAUUGCUUCCCCUCCACCAUUGCCAUUGCACCAUAAUAUAUCAAAACACAAAACAUCUUGUGUUUAGAAGUAUAAAAAAUAUUUAUACUAGUUUGGUGUAGCGGAUAAGAGCAGCAGGACUCUAACCUGGAGAACCGGGUUUGAUUCCCCACUCCUCCACUUGAAGCCAGCUGGGUGACCUUGGGUCAGCCACAGCUUCUAGGAGCUCUCUCAGCCCUACCCACCUCACAGGGUGAUUAUUGUUGUGGGGGGAUAAUAAUGACAUACUUUGUAAACUGCUCUGAGUGGGCAUUAAGUUGUCCUGAAGGGUAGUAUAUAAAUCAAAUAUUAUUAUUAAAAUAUAAAAUAAGAAAAUCCUUUGAUGAAAGGAAAAGGAUCAUAUUUGUAAAUUAAUUAGUUGUCAACAAAAGUUUAUAGCUGUGGUCCAGAGCAGGGAUCCCCAACCUUUUUGAGCCUGUAGGCACCUUUGGCAUUCUGACACGGGGUGGGGGGCACAACCAAAAAAAUGGCAGUCACAGGAGGUGGGGCCAACUACAAAUAUCAAGGAGUGGGAUUAUUCAUACCUCUAAUCGUAACCCUUUAACAUUCCAAGCAGAAUGCUUUAAAAUAUUUUCUUGCAUAUGUGCAGCAUACUUUCAGUCACGCAGUGAAGAUCCUUUUGCUGUGGUGACAGCUCCUUUCAAAGCAACAUUUUUUAAAAAAUCUGUACAGCCAGAACUGGACAGCCCCAUCUGACCUUGGGGGAUUCCGCAUGAUCAAUUUUGAUCGAACUUUCUGAGCAGUCAUGCCGCGGUGGAGUCCUACGAAUCCACUUCUCCCCAAUUCCACAUUAGGCUUUUGUUUCGCACAUUUCAUCGGCUCAAAGUCCAUCAUGCGGAAUUUUUGACAGGAUAAAAAUCGAUUCCUCAUCGCUUUUUCCGGGGGGAAGUGUUGAAUGAUGCACAUCUUCAUUCCCCCCCCCCCAAAUUGUUGCUACAGAUAAACGUUGCAUCAAAUAAACAUAUUGGAUAGGCCAGAGCACUUCCCGCCGAUAUUGUGGAAGAGUAUUGGCUAUUGACAUUUGGAGGGAAAAUUGUUACCAAUGACCCCGCGUCUAUCUUUCCCGCUUUCUUUGUGAGCAGUGUGGUUUAGUGAUAGGUGUUGUGUUGAGGAUGGUCUCUUUCUCCCUAGACCACUAGUUGAACGCUGAAGUCCCGCCAUCACACUUUCACUCUACCUCAGAAGCUGUCAGCUGUCAGUGAGCAACCAGUAACAAAUUUGGCGUGUUGUAAAAUUGACCCGUUAUUGGUCAGCUGUUGUCAUGUGACACAGGAUAUGUUUCUGCAUAUAUUUGUAGAAACGUUGCAAAGUUUUUUUACAUUUUUUUUUAAAAAAAAGAGGGGAAGGGAAAGGGUAGUGGGUGUAGCUUAGAAAACAUGAUUGGCCAAUCAAAUUAAGUUGAUUCGAAGGGCGAGAGAAAAGGGCAAGGGUGGGGAGAACAUCAGAUAAAGAAUUCCGCAUGAUUAAAAUCCCUAAUCUGCUGCGCAUGGACAAAUAAGUCGGGGGAAAGCAGGAUGGGAAAAAAACGGACAAAACGUGCAGUGACUUCGAAUCUGCUGCUAGGAUUGCCUUCCCACGUGUGGAAAACACAAGAAAAAUCAAGGUCAUUUAGAAGCUGAAGCAGGGAAAACCAUUCGUGCGGAAUCACCCCUUGUUCAUUUUCUAAAACACUUGGUAGGUGCCAGAAAAGGUGUCAGCUGGUGCCACAUUGGAGACCCCUGGUCCAGAGACACUAGGAAUUUGUGUAAACAAAAAGGCUUUGUCACUAUAGUUGAGGGGAACUUCACUUAUCUAAGAAAUAUUCCUUAUCUGAGGAACUUGGGGCCACUUUUGACAUGCACUUGCGCAUUGUUUUAGAAUUGAUUUAUUAAAUUGUGGGGUAUUAUUUCAUUGACUUUUUAAUUUGCAAGAUCAGAUUAUGCAGAAGGGAUUAACUAAGAGCACACAUAACUAAAGGGCUGCCUAGCUCUUGAUGCCUGUUGCAGAGCAGAAACUACCGAUGUAUUCUGGCCACAGCCCAACACAGGGAUAAGCAGGCUUAAACCCACUUAAAUGAAUGGGCGGAAGUGUGUGCAGUUCUGUUCUGUAUAGUAGUUUGUCUUUUGUAUGUUUUUGUAGGUACACAACAGGGUUUUUUUGUGAUUGGUAAUAAAAAGCACAUGCUAAUUUAAAAGUAAAUAAGUUGUAUGUAGCUGCUGCUGCUUCUAGAAUUGCCGUGAGGCACAUCAUACCUCUCAGGUAUGUACGUUGGUAUCUUUCAAAAUGUUAAGCAUUUUAAUGUUGUCACUCUUUGAGUAUGUAAUAUUUUCCUCCGUCUGGUAUGGAGAUUCUCUGAUUUCUUUUACAGCACUUUUGAGCUCAUGUGGCAAAACUAAAGCUGUGCAUCUAAUUAAUUUACAGACAAUGUGUUGUAAAGUGUAAUUUUUGGACUUGCAUAGCAGUUUUAAUCUACAAAGCACUUUGCAAAUAUGUAAGUCAUUAAUUUUCUCAGCGCAGCUGGGAGCAGGCAUUCUUUACCAACUAAACAUUCUGCACCUAUGGGGGCAAUCUUGUCCUAGGACCCUAAAGCAAAUUAAUAUUGGGCACUAAGAUUAUAAAACAGCUUCUGUCACUUUGUUUUAUAGACUUUGAAAUGCCCUUCUGUGUUGUACAGGUCAGGGGAUGCCAUUAAACGUUGUCUUCUGCCCUUGUAGAAUAGACAUUGCUAGUAACACCUGGUGUGUUUCUCAUAUUUGCAGCUAACAUUUGGGCUGUUGUUUCCUGUCUUGCAUUGUGAAUAAGUGAUUGCUUUGCAAUAUCAGCAAGCAGGGAGGUACGUCAUGCUGAUGCUUUUACGAGAGUUCCUUCGUGAAACUGACUGGUGCAUAUUUGCACUUGUACAUCCGACAGGAUUAAACCUGAAGGGAUUGCAGGUGGCAUCACUGAGUGUACUUUUUUUUACCUGUGAAAGAUGUCUCAUGCUGUGGACAAAAAAUGAACAUGGCUGCAUCUACAAAACACUGGAUGUUGCAUUACAGGAGUCAUUUACAACUAGAUUGGCUUUUCCACAUGGGAGAAACCAGUUGCAGGUGGUUGAUACAGCACAAUGAUAAUGCAAUAUGCAUUGGUGUGUGGAUGCAGCCAUGGAUAUGAUGAUAGCCAGAAAACCAAGAAAACAGACUUUAUUGCUGGCCCUAUUUUUAAGCACUUGAUUCACAAAUUUGUUUGCUCGGGCAAGUAUAGACAAGAGCAUAUUGGGUGGGUGCCAGCAUAAAAUUUCCAGUUGCGCUAGACCUCUCACACAAGAAAAAGACUGAGGUAACACCUUGCACUAAGUCAAACUUUUUACCCCUACUUGUGUUUCUGCUUGUGCAAGAUCUUGUGGAAUCAGUUUCUUGGCACUGUAAUAUAUGAGGAGGAACCUGAUAGAUGUUACACAAGAUCUAAUGCAAGCAGAGCUGUGCUAAGUCCAUUGAUGUUUCUGCUUAUGCAUCAUUGGAACCAAGCCAUUGUGUGAACCAAUCCUAAAUAUAUUGUGUAUGCUGUGGACAGUGAGGAUUUCUAAUAUUUUCUAGGAUUUUGUGAUACUUUUCUCCCCAGUGAAGCUCCAAAGAACAUAUACUUUUAAGCAAUUUCAAAUAUAAUGAGACAAAAAAAGGGUUUAUGUCCAUCAGGUUAGGCUGUCUGGCCAAGGGCUAUGAGCCACAGGUCAAGAACCCUUUGGCUCGCACCACCAGCCAUGCCCAGGCUGUAAAAACCCUGCUUAGAUGUUUCAAGCCAGACUCUCCUCCAUGCUGUCCCCCAAGAGCAUAUAUGGUGAACAUUUUGGGCUGCAGAGAGAGGUGAGGAAGGAUGGAAAUCCCUCCCACCAGCAAUGUCUGCAAGAUCCAAGCCAGCAUUAACUCUAACUCCAACCAGUGGUCAGGGAUAAUAAAGGAAAACCCUAUUUAAAACUUGGGGGGUGGGGAUGCUUUCUAAUUUGUAGAAGCAUGGAGUCUGUUCAAUAAUUACAAAUAGCUGAAAUGUAAAAAAAUUUAAAAGAUCUCUUGCAAGGAACCUGUUGUAGCACUUACUGAGCUCAGAACCCUGUAGGAUAACUAUUAGUGCUGCUUGUUUGGGGAAUUGUGCCUUUCCCCUACAAUUCUGGGAAGGGGACUACUCCCUCUCCCUAUCCAGUGAGCAGUAACACUGAAGAAUUGUUGGAUUUUUACUGCAACCAAGACUCAUCUGACUGUUGUGGCCAAGACAAGACAAGUAAUCUCUUUUGGCAGUAAUUACUUGGACAAAGCAGCUUUGUCAAAGCGAAUAGCUGCUUAGGGAAAAGAAGCAAUAGUAAUUCGCUGAGUGAGACCUAAAUCACCUUUACCUUUUACUUUCUUUCCCUUGUUGAUGUUCUGUUGCUCUUGGCAAGUGUCCCUCCACCAGAAAAGUCUAGGUCUGCAAUUGGAUCCCUAUUCGUAGUCAAAGUUUACAUACAAUUAUGUGGGUGGGAGAAAGUUUUGUUUUGCGCUGGCAAUGCAUACCAAGUCUUCACAUAAUGCAUAUGACAGGGUCUACCAAGCAACCAGCUGUGCCAAGGUAUAUCUAUAUGAUUAAAUCUGAAACACUUUAAUAGCCUCUAGAGAAGGAAAUGACUUGUUUUGGUUUGGGGUUCAGAAAAUGUGUAUGAAUCAAACAAGCCAGAAGUUGACAGUGAUGUAUCUACACUGCAAAUAAUUGGUCCUACUACCUUUUCUACUCCGUCUCUUCUGAUUCCCUUCCUCUUUGUAGUUCCUUCCUACAUAGCUUCUUUUGUCCACAUGAGUUCCAUGAUCCCUGACAUAGCUUUUUAUCCACUGUGAAAAAGUUGAUAUGCUUUAUAUGCACUUUAAUUCUCUCUGCUUUUCUAAAGAAUAUUGGGACUUGCAGCUUGGUGAGAGUUCGAAGAGACCCCUACUCUCUUUCUCGCCAUUUUAAGCUACUGUUUCUGGGGGAAAUGGAAGCUGAUCUUUAGAUAACUCAAAGUGAAACUGGGUAUUUUCAAAGUACUGGCUACUUGACAGCUGUAAAAUUAUAUGUAUCUGCAAUAAUUUCUGUACAGAUUUGUAACAAUUCUCUUGCGUGUUUUUUAUGUAUGAUUGAAAAUAUUGAGAUGAAUAAAAUAGGUUUGUAAGAUCA